CCACGUGAUCUGGGGGCGGGGCCACCUCCAGGUUCGUGGGAGUCGGAGCCAUGGCGGGCUUGGUUGACUUCCAAGACGAGGAGCAGGUGAAGUCUUUCCUGGAGAACAUGAAGGUGGAGUGUCACUACCAGUGCUACCGCGAGAAGGACCCGGAUGGUUGCUAUCGGCUGGUGGACUAUCUGGAGGGGAUCCAGAAGAAUUUUGAUGAAGCUGCCAAGGUACUAAAGUUCAACUGUGAGGACAACGGGCACAGUGACAGCUGCUAUAAACUGGGAGCCUAUUACGUGACUGGAAAAGGUGGCCUGACUCAGGACCUGAAGGCUGCAUCUGCCUGCUUUCUGAAGGCCUGCGAGAAGCCAGGGAAGAAGUCUGUGGAGUCCUGUCACAAUGUUGGGCUCCUGGCACACGACGGACAGGUCAACGAAGACGGCCAGCCUGACCUGGGGAAGGCCAGGGACUACUACACUAGAGCCUGUGAUGGCGGCUAUGCAGCCAGCUGCUUCAACCUCAGCGCCAUGUUUCUACAGGGUGCCCCUGGCUUUCCCAAGGACAUGGCUCUGGCGUGUAAAUAUUCAAUGAAGGCCUGUGACCUGGGCCACAUCUGGGCCUGCGCCAAUGCCAGCCGCAUGUAUAAACUGGGGGAUGGUGUUGAUAAGGACGAGGCCAAGGCCGAAAUGCUGAAAAAUAGGGCCCAGCAGCUCCACAAAGAACAACAGAAAAACGUCCAGCCUUUAACAUUUGGGUAAUGUGUGGCCCACCCUCCCAAGCAACGGACAGCUUGACACUGACACCCCUUCUUUGAAAGCAGAUGAGCCCUUGGAGGUCAGUCAGUGCCAUCUGCUCCAGAGUGUCACCUGCUGGGAAUGGCUGGAAGUGUGAGUUUUAGUAAAUAAUCCUUUGUGUGUAUUCUGUGAAGACACAUGUAUUAUGGGAGCCUUAAUUUCUAAACUGGACCUCUGAAAAAUAGGGGCAAACUGAGGAGCCUUUUGGGGUUGGGGAAACAAAAAGAAGCUUGGAAAUUUAGCAGCCACAGGCCUCAAAGAAUCAGUCAGAAGAGGUUGAAAAUUAGAAAGUGUCCUAAUUUGCAUAACAGAGGUUUUGAGGAGCUAAGAACAGCCGUAGUCACGACUGCCGCCCUCUGCCUUAUGUAACCACGGUGUGGGCUCCUUGCCUUUCCAGUCAGGCCUUUCGACAGAUUUAUAGGGAUCAGGAGCUGUGUGCCAAAUGAAGGUUGAAGGUGGUUAUAUUAUGCCUGGCAGUUAGGAAACAAAACCCAAGCAUCCCCUCCUCUAGACAAGACAUUUACUGUCCAAAAUUACCCUCCUCAGCUGCUUCUGCUCCUCAUGGGAAGACAGACUCCUGAAGCAGCUGCCGCUCGGGAUCUGACAGGACAGCACAAAGCUGUCCACUGAACAGAACCUUUUCCUUUCGGGGGUGUGGGCAGAGUGUUUCGAGAUGGUUUCACUGUGGAACAGUCCUGGCUAUCCCAGUACUUGCCUUGUAGACCAGGCUGGCCUUGAACUCAUAAAGAUCCACCUACCUCUGCCUCCCAAGUGCUGGAAUUAAAGGCACGCACCACCAC